AUGGUAUUUUUAAACAUCAUUCGAGAAUGUUUAAAUUUGAAUAGUGGUCCACUCGCUGGUGUCAAUAUAAACGAUAUUGUCCCUUCGAGAUUGGCGGUUGCACGAGAAGUUACUCGGCAACCGAAUGAAAUUCGCGAAUGUUCUGGCGUUGAACUGAAAGAUGUAGCUAAUAAAGGAUAUUUAUCAAUUAGUUCAGAUCUUUGCUCUGACAAGUUCAAGCAAAAUAGCUCAUUAUGUUGA